AUGAAUAAGGUCACCGUUAUUGGUAGUGGCAAUUGGGGCAGUGUUGCCGCAAAGCUUAUUGCCUCGAACACCCUCAAGUGCAGCUCCUUCGAUGAUGAAGUGAGAAUGUGGGUAUUCGCGGAAAAGUUACCUGGUGGGGAGAUGCUCGCAGAAGUCAUCAACAAUACCAAUGAAAAUGUCAAGUAUCUCCCUCGUGUCAAGCUUGGUAAAAAUGUAGUUGCAGAUACAGACAUUGAAAGUGCAGUGAAGGGUGCAAAUAUGUUAGUAUUUGUAACCCCACAUCAAUUCAUAGAAGGAAUAUGCAAAAAGCUUGUUGGGAAAAUAAGGACAGAUGCAGAGGCUAUCUCUCUAAUCAAAGGGAUGGAGGUCAAGAAAGAAGGCCCAUGCAUGAUCUCUAAUGUCAUCUCCAAGACUCUAGGAAUCAAUUGUUCUGUUUUGAUGGGGGCCAACAUAGCAAAUGAGAUAGCCAUGGAGAAGUUUAGUGAAGCAACCGUUGGAUAUCAUCAAAACAAAAAAGCUGCAGAGAGAUGGGUUCGGUUGUUUAGCACUCCCUAUUUCGUUGUUACAGCUGUUCAAGAUGUUGAAGGGGUCGAACUGUGUGGAACUCUGAAAAAUGUUGUGGCUACAGCUGCAGGUUUUGUUGAUGGCUUGGCGAUGGGAAAUAAUACAAAAGCUGCAAUCAUGCGAAUUGGACUGAAAGAGAUGAUGGCAUUUUCAAAGUUGUUAUUUCCAUCAGUGAAGGACAACACAUUUUUUGAGAGCUGUGGUGUAGCUGACUUGAUCACAACAUGCAUGGGUGGAAGAAAUAGGAAAGUUUCCGAGGCUUAUGCAAAAAAUGGAGGAAAGAGGUCUUUUGAUGAGCUUGAAGCAGAGUUGCUUAACGGCCAGAAAUUGCAGGGUGUCCUAACUGCAAAAGAGGUUCAUGAGGUUCUAAGCGAUCGUGGAUGGGUAGAAAAGUUUCCUCUCUUCUCAGCAGUGCAUGAAAUCUGCAGUGGUCGCCUUCCACCAUCAGCCAUAGUUAAAAUCAACGAUAACAAAAACAGGUCAUCUUAA